AUGGGGGAUGAUAUAGAAGAAGAAUGCGUUGCUGUUAAGUUACACGAAGAUGAAUUUAGUGGUUUAAUAAAAAAUGUAGCAGGUGGCAUUCUUCGUGAUAAAGUUGGUGGCACUGCAGGUGACAUUCUUGGUAACCUAGUAGACAGUUUUGGCGGCCACGAAGCCAGAAGUGGGUCUGGAGGCGGAGGAUAUAACCAACCAGGUUACGGAAGCGGUGGAUACAAUCAGGGAAGUGGAUAUGGAGGUCAUUACGGAAGUGAUGAAUAUCAGGGAAGAUAUGGUACAGCAGAAUUUGGUGGCGGUUAUGGAGGUGGUGCAGGUUUUGGUUAUGGUGGAGGAGGAUAUGAUAAUCGUAACAGAUAUGAAAACAGAGAGCACAGUAGUAACAGUGGUGCGUUUGGACUAGUUGGAAAUCUAAUCGGUGGAAUAUUGGACGGUGGACGAAAUCGUAGCGAUGCUACUGCUAGCGGUAGAGAUUAUCGAAAUCAUGGCAAUGAUUACGAUGGUUACAAUCGAAAAAAGCCAGAAAAAAUGCGUAAGCUUAUUUUCGCUAUCUUUUCUCUUGAAGAAAAAUCCAACGAAAAUGUUGAAAAUCCAAAAAAAGAAAAAACCAAAAGGAAAUCUGUCAAUUUCCCAGCCGACACUUUGGUUUAG